ACAGCGUAGCCGGCGGGCGUGGUCGCCAUGGCGACGCGUGGCUGCGCUACUUCCGGGUGCGCGUUCCGCCCGGCCAUGCUGGGGGAUCGGGGGCAGGAGCGCGAUUUCCAGCGGUUCCUCCGGCGGGUGGACGAUAUCACCAAUUUACUGCAAGGCUUGAACUCCACUGACCCAGCCAUCAAGGAACAAACGAUCACUGAGGCAGAGAAGAGGCUCUGCGAUGAAGAAACAAGUGAGGAAGAAGAGAGCAAGACAACAGUGAACAGAACAGUCAUCAACACACGGGCUUCUGACACGGCAAACGCAGAGGCAGUGGAUGCAGAUGGCUUUCUGGCAAUGUUGGAAAAGGAUGCAAAAGAACGAGCUGAACGAAGGAAGAGGAAUGAACAGUUAGCUAAUGCCCUGAAAGAGAAGGGAAAUGAUGCCUUCAGGAAAGGAGACUAUGUCGGAGCCAUUCAGAGAUACACUGAAGGUUUGGAAAAACUGAAGGAUAAGCAGGAACUUUACACCAACAGAGCGCAGGCCUAUCUGAAGAUGCACGAGUAUGAAAAAGCCAUUGGUGACUGUGAAUGGGCUUUAAAGUGCAAUAGAAAAUGCAUUAAAGCCUAUUUUCUGAUGGGGAAAGCUCACGUGGCACUGAAGCACUACGGUGAGUCCAGGCAGUGUUAUGAGAAGAUCUUACAAAUUGAUCCCCAGAAGGAAGGCCUCUUUAAAGACUGUAUGAAUGAGGUAAACAUGGAGGAAGAAAGAAUGAAAGAUGAAGAGAGCGCGAUGAAGGAGGUUCAGUCAGGAAAACUUACUGCUCUGUCCAUAAAAGAGCUGCUGCAGAGACUUGGCAGGCCUGACCAGAAUAUCCUUUGCUACACAGGAGGAAUCCGACUUCUGACUGGAGCUGUGAGAGAUCGCACUGAGCAAACUUUAUUUAGAACAAACAAUGGAUUCAGUAUCCUCAAUGACAACGAGAUUGUAAGACGGAGCUUCUGUGCAGAGAGAAAAAACACUGCUGAAGUGGAUCUGUGUGUUUCUCUUCUUCACCUUUGGCAAGCUGUCUGCGCUGGGAAUGAAGUAAACCAGCAGAUUCUAUUGACCCACCUUGAUAUGAACACACAGCUGCUACAACUGCUUUCUUCUGAUGUAUCAGAGGUCCAAAAGGAGACGUUGGCUCUCAUCUCUCUUUUCACAGAGAAUGAGAAUGUGAGGAGGCUGCUGGUCAGGCACCAGGACCUGACCAGAUGGCUGCAGAUUUUGAUGGCAUUUGUCAACAACACUGAUGCCAGGGCGAGCAGUGCCAUAAGCAUACUAUGGGAUUUAACUCAAGAGGAAAGGUUCAGAACCCAGUGUCGUGCCCUGCUUUCCACAGGUGUUUUUCCUUUAUUUGCCCAGUUAUGGACCUCUGUCAAGCUGGUGAACCAGACAGCGCUUGCCCGUUGCAUUGGCAUCAUGGGGAACCUGUGCGCAGACGUCGUCAUUCGAGCGUGGAUGGCAGAGUGCAGAGAGUGCUGGCAAGCGUGUGUAAAGCUUGUGGACAUGUGUUCUGUCAGCACGCCCAAAUACCAGGAGAGUUUAUUUGCAUUGCUGGGCCUAAUGAUGAACUUACUCCUUGAAUCAAAUGUGAUCAUCCAGGACUUUGCUGUGGACAUAAGUGGCCGAUGCAUGUCUCUCCUCAGGGAUAAGGAUGGAAGGAUUGUGACUAGAGCCAUUGGAGUGCUCAGUCGCAUCCUACCAGCAUCCUCCUCAGCAGUAGAUGAAGUGGUGAAAGGAGGGGUGGUGAAGAAAAUGAUUGAAUUCUUGAAGGCUGGAGAUGAAGUCAUAUCCAAUUAUGCUAUAAAGACCCUUUCCAUCUGCACCAGAAGCAGUAGACAAGCUCAGGAAGAUCUAGUGAAGUCAGAUAAAAGAUUCAGUGUGCUGCUGAAGCUCUUGGAGUCUGAGAAUGAGAUGAUAGUGGGAAAUACUGCUUUCUGCCUUGGCCAGUGCCUUGCAGUUCCUGGAGCAGCGACAUCCUUACUAGAUUCCAACGUUGUGAUGAUGUUGUUGAAACAUGCCGGAGGUGAUGCCACAAGAACUUCGGUGCAGGAGAAUGCAGCAAUUGCUCUGGGAAAGCUUUGCGUCGCAGAACCAAGGCAUAUUUUCCAGCUGAGGGAACUCAAUGGCCUCGCUAUCCUGAACUCCUCUCUGAAAUACGUACAUAACAUCUGAAGUCUUCGUGACAACUUCGAAACUUGCUGUUGCUAUCCCUUGCUGUUGAGUAUUUCUUUCUUUAAUAAAACUAAAAGCCCAUCAACUUUUCAAUCCCUCUUCAAAGCAUUUGCUGCAGAAGCCGAUGAAACAAGAUCAAUAUAAGAACUAGGGGAAAGCAGUUAACUUAUUAUCUAGACUAGCAACUAAAAUAACAGCUUGUAUUAAACUUGUUUGCUUUAAUAAAUGAUGUUGCCCUUUCUUACUGGCACAUUCUUUGGUUAAUAAUUGACCAAUGGCUCAUCUAAUCAGCUUUCCGGUUUGGGUGCAGUACCUGGUGUGUUAGGAGAAAAUAGAAAUAAAUGAUGUGACUUGGAAGAAUCCUUUCCCUGCCAGGUGCUGUCCUUUGGUGGUUCAAUUAUGAUGCAGUAUUGCAUAUGCAAUAUCAGCUUCUGCUUAGCUUAAACCUUGAACCUCUUGCUUAUGUACUUCCCUGUCUCGGUCUCAGUUUAGCUAAGUACUCAGUCUUAGUGAUAACUUAUUACAGUGAGGUUUGUGUGAAUCAUAAUUCAUAUUUAUUCUGUUUUUUAUUAGCAUUACACUUAACUAUCUUUGUAAAUUUAAUGGGGUCCCUUUUGUCCUUUAGUUUUGUAUGGAGUAAAGACAGUGGUAGAUGACCUUCCUGAUCCUGAUGUACUUUCUCAGAGCCUCUUGUGUUUGUCUCUAAUGCUGUUUCCAAUUGUUCAUUUUUAAACAAUAACACAAAUGGCACAUCCGUUUAGAGUCUGCGUUUUCUGGAGAGGUCAAAUAUGAAUUACUACUAAUGGCAAAUAUAAUUUGAAAAAAAGGCAGUAAUUAAUUGCUUUUACCUUUUCUCUGCUCUUCUGAAAAGGACAGUUUAAAAUGUAGGGACAAGAAACUGUUUCAGAGUCUGCUGUCUAGACCUUUCUCUUUACAAAGAGCUAUUGUACUGCUGGUGGAGGUCUGUCAGAUUUAGCAAUUCUCUUCACGAAUAAAUAUAUGUAUGUAGACACAAAUCCAUAUUAAAAGCUUGAGGCACUUAGACAAGGCAAGGACUUUGGCCAUAAAUACAAUACUUCUUUCUGCCUCUGUUUUGAAGACUGAAACCAAACGAAUGUAUUACAUGUCGAGGAAGAAGCCCAGGCCAGUGGUGUUUGACUUAAAAAGGGCUGUUCGCUUUGCCUCCUUGACACCUGUGGGUGUCUAUUCUGUAUGGAACCCUGUCCCCUCAGAACAGUGGCUGACAAAUUAUGUAUCAUCUUUUCAAAAUAGCAGCUGAAUCAUCUUCCCCCUUCAGGAGAGGGAAGUUCUCUUGUACCUGUUUUUUUUCUCCCCUCGCAGUGAAAAGCAUACAGUCGAUAAUCUUGUUGUCUCUUUUUUAAGCUCCUACUGUUAACUUACGCCCUCCUAGACAAAUACAUAACAGAUCCUGUGUCUAGCAUUCAAGGCCACAUAAGCACCCCAUUCUCAACCUGACAAACACCAGGCACUGUUUUAGGGACAAGAAGUUAUUGAAUCUUAUGUGUAGCGAGGUGGGAUGUCAGAGGGGAACAGUAGGUGUCACCAGAAAAUUACAGGAGAGUUGAAAUCAUCUCAAAAGCUUUAAAGCUAAAGAUUUUUCUUGGUUUUGAAGCUGGGUUUUGGUUAAUGGAACAUUUCCCAUCCUAGUUGCUAUUAUCCCCUGAAGAAUGUGGUGAUCAGCUAAGAGAGUUGCUUCUAACUUCCUUCUGCAAAAGGUGAUUGAGAACUGAUUUGUCUGCUUAAAAAGAAAUAGUACUGCAGAAUUUUCACAUGCACACCAGGUUAUGAGCAGAACUGGUGCUGUUUGGGGAUGGAAAGUGGACCUGAGCAAUCAAACAGUUAGAGAAAGGGCACUGAGCUUCUACAAGCUAUAGUCCCAUGAGGAGAACAAAGAACAUUCCUAGCUGGG